ACUGCUAGCAGCUGCCAGUCCUUAUUUCAAGGAUGUUUUCACCAGGCCCUGCAAAGACUCCCAGGGCGGAGAAGUUGUACUGCAGGAAAUAGCUCCUACCAUCCUCCAAAGCAUAGUACAAUACAUCUACACCGAAGAAAUAUCACUAACCCUAGAGACAGCCUCAGAACUUUUUGCAGCAGCCAGCAAGCUAGAGAUCCUCCCCCUUGUGGAGAUCUGCUGCAGGUUUCUUCUGAAGAAGAUUUCUAUGCAGAAUUGCAUUGGGCUUUACAGACUCGCUCAGGCUUACAACCACCAAGCUAUGCUUCACGCCACCGUGCGGGUCAUCAUCCUAAACUUUGGAAGGUUCUGUGAAGAUGACGACUUUCUGAGUCUGGACCUCAGCACUUUAAUCACUAUCCUGUCUUCAAAUGGUCUUGGAGUUGCUUCUGAGUUAGAAGUCUACAAGGCUGUGCGACGCUGGUUACGGUUUCAACCCACCACAGGCCACUCCCUCAUCAAUGAGUUGAUGAGGCAUGUCCGGCUUCCCCUCCUGACAGACAGAGAGCUUGUGGAGGUGCAGUUGGAUUCAGAACGACUUGGAGAUGUUCAGCUUCACUGGAAGAAGCUUGACAGUGAAGAGAGGUUGCAUGAGAGUGGGGGAUUCAGAGAGGGCAUGUAUGAUGAACUGAUAGCAUGUGUAGAUUCACAGAUGUGGGAGGACCAAGAGUUGGAGAAUGAUUUUCUGAUGGGCUGUUAUGAUCCCCAUGUAGAAAAGUGGGAAACGUUUCCAGGCUUGAAACAUUUGACACAUCCAGCCUGCGUGGCGCUCGUAGACAAGCUCUAUGUAUCCGGAGGCAUAUGCAGGAAUUCACAUUUAGAUGCAUUGUAUGAGUUCAACUCUUUUAAAGGCCAGUGGACAGAGCUUCCUUCGAUGUCGGUGCCCCGUGCUACUCAUGGAUUUGUAAUCUGUAAUCAGCGGCUGUAUGCUUUGGGAGGCUGGUGUGGAUUUCAUGAAUUUCUCAAUUCUGCAGAAUGCUUUGACAUAGCAGAACAGGUGUGGACUCCCAUCUCCAGGAUGCCUUUUGUGCUGAGCCGUUCUGCCUCCACAGUGCUCAAGAAGAAACUAUACUUACUAGGAGGAGCCACAGGGCUGACUGGUUUUUGGCAAUUUCAUAGAGGGCUUCUGAUCUAUGACAUAAGCUCCAACACAUGGACUCAGGUGUCUCUUGACAAUGGGUUCUUUUCAGCAGGUGCAGUUUCCAUGACCACUGGGCUAUACGUUAUAGGGGGCUAUACUGAAAAGAGAACCAGAGACUGGAUCGAGGGUGGUCUCAUACCCGAAAACCGUCACUGCACUAGGAAGUGUUUCUUUAUCACUGAGGAUGGCAAAGUGAAUGAGGAGGUGAUUGUUCCAAAACUGCCAAAGGGAAUUGCUAGCGCCGCUGUGGUCCCGUGGAAAAAGAGGAUCUAUGUGUUGGGUGGGGAAAAUUUAACUCAAUGUUAUAAAACAAUUUAUUAUUGGGAACCUGGUGAGCCCAGGUGGAGCAAAUGCCCAGAAGAUAUCCCUGUCUCUUAUGAAGGUGCCAGUGGCUUUGGUUGUACAACGUUGAAGAGACCCAAAAAAGAGAUUCUUUCUCUUUUUGAAAAGACAUCAGUAGCCCUAAUAGCGGUUGUUGGGAAAUAGCUGCCUCUUAAUGUUUCUUUUUAGUUGGGUUUGAAUAAAUGUAAAUAACGGAACAAGACACAAAUAAACUUUGAUUAAAGAGUUGAAA